AUGGACGCGUCAGGAGCGGCUCCCCGCGGCCCCGGUCCUGACUUUGCAUUCAAAUGGAGCAAGGAGCUGACGGCACAGUUCAUCAAAUUGCGGGUGGAGAAUGACAGCCUCUUCACAGGGGCGAAGUUCUCUGCCUGCACUGCCUGGAGGAAAAUCCUGGAGCAACUAGGUCUACAGGGGAUGGUCUCGUCUCUGCAGGCGAGAAAGAAAUGGGACAACCUAAAAAAGAAGUAUAAAAUUUGCAAGUACCCAGGGACAGGAGAAGGAGAUGAGGGAAAGUCCAGUGCUGAGACUUGGCCCUGGUUUGGUCUCAUGGAUGAGAUGUUGGGACCUUCCAUCCUUGGUCCUGGUCCGUCCGCAGGUAUGGAGGAAAGAAGUCCAGCGAAGGAACAAGGGCUGGAGCUGGAGGCCCCUGAAGGAGAGACCAGGAAGAGGAAGAGGGAAGACAAACUGGUGAUCAAAAACGCUCCCGAAGGUGAGAACACAAAGGACCCCAAUUCGUGGCCGUGGUAUUUCCGGAUGGACGGCGCAUUGAGAGGUCGAUUGCAGGGAGCUGCCAAAAUCAUCCACGACAACGAAAAAAAGGAACUGGACAAGCCUAGCAUCAACUCCCAAGAUCCAAUUAGUGCUUUGAACAUGGUUGAAAUGGCACCAAUUGAAGACGAAGAGUUGUUCGACAAAAGCGUUGGCGGCAUCCAGUCAAAAAUGCAAGACACUGUGAUGCCAGCUACAGAAGUGGCAGUAAAGGAAAGUGUACCGUCUUUGCCCAAAAUUGUUCAGGUCAGCUUUCCCGACUGA